AUGUCAACUGCCACUUCAACUGCUCCAAUUGCGACAACUGACAAGGAAAACAUCCCUCCACAAGACGCAAGCAACGUCAACUCUGUCAAUUCAGAGAAAUCAGGGACUUCAAAGGAUUCAAGGGACUCCAGGGAGUCAAAAGAACCAAAAGAUCGCAAGAAAAGAAAAAUCACAUAUACCAAACCAUCAGCGCCACCAAGAGCCAUUGAACCUUUCCAAGAAGGAUUAUCAAUUGAAAAAAAGAUUUAUCCAUUGUCCAAUUAUACAUUAACUCAAAAAUCUUAUCAACCUUUAAAAGAUCAUGAAUUAAAAGAAGAUGAAGCUGAAAAAGAAGCAUUAAAAGAAUCAAAACAAUACAAGAGAAAAACUUAUAAGAGUGAUUUAAUUCCGAAUAAUUUAUUAUAUUUUAAGAAUUUGAAAAAAUAUAAUGAUUUUUAUGGUACAAGACGUUUUUUACAAUUCUUAAUUGUUGUUGGUGGUGAAAAAGAGCCUGCUGUCCUUUUAUUAAAAGAACAUAAUCAAUUGAUUGUUCCUGGCGGUUAUUUAAAUCAUGAUGAAGAUGAAAAAACAGGUGCUGAAAGAAUCUUGAAAGAGUUAUUUGAUGAAGAAGAAUUAGCCGCUGAGAAUGGUAAUGGUGAUGCCAAUGGUACCACUAAUGGCGCCACUAAUGGUUCGGCGGCUACUGUUCAAGAACCUUUAACAAUUGGUGAAACAAUAGCAAGAUGGUGGAGAACUGAUUUAAAACCAUUUGUUUAUCCAUAUUUACCACGUCAUGUUACAAGACCAAAAGAAUUGAUUAAAUUAGUUUAUGUUGAUUUACCAAAAACAAGAAAAUUAUCAUAUCCAAAUUUUUAUAAAUCAUUUGCUCCAUAUCCUUUAGUUGAUUUAUAUGAUAAAUCUGAACCUGAAUUAAAAUCAAUUCCUUUAUUUUUAUCAAAAAUUUUAUUUACUUUUAUUGAUGAAAAAAAUAAUAAAGAAUAUAAAGAUUUUAUUCAACAAUAUAGUUCUAUUAAUGUUGAUCAACCUCCAAAACCUUCAUUUUAA